AGCUCAAAGAAACCAGUCCCAGGUAGACUCAUUCAUCAGGUAUUCAAUUAUAAGGUAAACAAUUCUCACAAACUCGAAAAGGAUCACCAAUGACAUCUUAAACCACAGAACAUGGAGAAGUUAUUUGUUGUGUCAGGAGUUAUCCUGGCAAUGAUGGUUGGUCUUGCGAUGCCCCAGUUGAUGGGCUUAACAAGACAGCAAAUCAUAGAUAACCAGUCAGGAUAUCAAGUGGAGAGAGCUCCAACAUACAUAAUCAUGACACCAAGAAAAGUACGUCCUAACCAAGUAUUCCAAGUGUUUGCAACAAUCUUGAGACUGGAAUAUUCCGAGAUCAGCCUACGAGUGUCAAUCAUCAAGGGAAACACAGAGUUCGCCGAGUCCCUGAUGAAGUUUGAUCAGCCUGGCAGCAGAAUUAUGCAGAUGCUGAUGCCAGCGAAUGCCCAAGCUGGGAGGUACAAAAUUAAGGUAGAGGGGAUGUUGGAUGGAGGGGCCGGAGGUUACGCCUUCUACAAUGAGACAGAUAUCGCCUUUGACGCCAAACAGGCAUCUGUCUUCAUACAGCUGAGCAAACCAAUCUACAGACAGGGACAGAGUGUCCAUUUCCGAGUGAUUCCCAUCCUACCAGACCUGAAGCCAAUGUACGGCAGUUUAACCAUCUAUGUCAAUGACCCUUCUGGCUUCCCAGUGCGGAGAUGGCUUGGUCUACAAACAAACGCUGGUGGAUUUGUCAGUCAAAACUUUACCUUGUCCGACCAGCCGAACUAUGGAAACUGGUCUAUACAAGUAGACGCUUAUGGCUACCAGUACUACAAAUAUUUCCAGGUUGAAGAGUAUUGGGAUCCCCGGUUUGAUCUGAAUGUAACAACCUCGCCGUAUAUUUGGGACAACAUGGACUAUGUGAGAGGACGUCUUAAUGCAAAUAUAACAACUGGAAAACCAGUGACGGGCAAUGCUGAAAUCACAAUGACGUUGGUACCUCCAAAUAGACCGCCAUUUGAUGCUUACAUGAAAAAUCAGCAGACAUUCGCAAAUCGUGAACCAUGGGACUACUCUGUGUUUCCCCAGUUGUACAAAUACUAUGAAUAUUUUCAAGGCACAAUAGACUUUGAGUUUGAACGUCAAGAAAUUCUCACAAAAGUUCGGGAGUAUUUCCCCGGAACUCUUGAUCUCUACGGCUUCGAGUGUAUCUUCAAUGUCAGCGCAAGGGACUGGUUUUUCAACAUGACGCAGACAGGGUUCGCCAGCACUGUCAUCUUUGAUCCGCGCGUAAAGCUGGUUUUCAUUGGAGACAAUGUCAGGACAUUCAAACCAGACUCCGUUAUGACAAUCUAUGUUGCUGCCAUGUACCACGAUGGUACUCCCGUAAAGUCUGACCUGCGGCGCAUCCAGAUACAGAAGUCUUACCAAGGAUCUCAGAACACGGCCCCAGAAGAGAAAAUGACAGUGGAAGGGGUGGCACAGUUUGAUAUUGAGAUACCCCCUGGGAUGCAGAGUAUAGAAAUAACAGCCACAUACGAUUACGAUAUUCUGACGCGUAAAGUAAUGAAGGCUACAGUCUACAAGUCUCCUAGCGAAAGUUACAUCUCUGUUCGUACGUCCACGGAACAUCCGAAAGUGAACGAGUUCAUGAUCUUCCAUGUGAAGACUAGCCACUUUGUGCCGAAAAUCUUCUACCAGAUUGUAGCCCAGGGAAAUAUCCUGAUCGGAGAUGAGCUAGAGAUGAUUUCUCGACAUAAGACGUUUGCUGUGGCGUUGUCACCGGAAAUGGUCCCGACGGCGCGCAUUGUUGUGUAUUUCCUUCAGACAUCACCCGAAGAAAUGGUCGUUGACACACUGAAUUUCUUUGUGAACGGGACCAGGAACAACCCUGUGAAUGCUGUGAUCAACAAAGGCAAAGAUUUCACCCUUCACACCUUGGAGAUAAACGCCAUAGCAGAACCAGGAUCGUACGUGGCAUUUGCCGCCAUGCCCAAUGACCUGUAUAGCAAGGGGAUGAACGAUGGACUGACUGAAAAUAAUCUGAUUGAUGAGCUUGUAAGCUAUGAUGAACCAGCGCGUGGAAGUUACCGUCAACUGUGGCGACUUAGUGAUACAGAGUAUGAAUACAAGUUCUACGCAAGCAGUGGAUAUGGUGUGGAUGCUAAUUCUACUUUCAGGCAUGCCGGUCUGCUGGUUAUGUCAGAUGCCAACCUUUACACUGUCGAAGAUACAUGUAACUGGGAACAUGGCGAGCGCCCAUGUUUUACAGGUGGAUGUUACAAAAUCAACGAAACGUGCAAUGGAAUCACCAACUGCCCAAAUGACUGGGCAGAUGAACAAGGAUGUACCAAAGAAGACCCGAGGUAUGUUGACGAUCGUACCAUGAACAUGAUCUACAGAGUGAGUCGUAGCCUCAGAUUUUACGAGGACAGCGGAUGGGCUUGGCAAGAGAAGUUUGUCAAGCCUGACGGUAUGGUUCAGUUCCGAGUGGAGCCUCCCAAGUUCCCUCUAACAUGGAUCAUCAAUGCUCUGUCUGUCAGCCGGGAAAAUGGACUAGGGCUCAUGCAGACGCCUAUCAGGUAUGAUGCAACUCGUUACAUGUACAUUAUUGUGGAAGCGCCUGAAGUUAUCAUUCGUGGAGAACAAGUGGGAGUGCGUGUGACCGUCUUCAACUACUGGUACAAUGAUGACUACAUUGAGGUUUUGUUGACGAUGAAGGAUGGCGGGGACAAGUAUCGAUAUGUCUGGGUCAACGAUAUGGGUAUCACUAGCGCCUACGCUCCUAGAACUGAGUCGGGCGAUCACCAAACUAUCGUAUUUUUGGAACCAGGUGAAUCGAAGGACAUAUUCUUGCCAAUCGUAUCGACAAUCGUUCAGGGAGAGUUCACGUUUACAGUCACAGCUCAGUGCUUUAUGGAGAGAGAUAUAUACACAAAAACCAUUAAAGUGUUGGCUGACGGAGUAUUAAACUACUACCACACUCCCUACCUCAUUGACAUGAUCCGCUACGGUUCCGAGACUAUCCCCCAUCUUCAGAUAGUUAUUCCUGACCAGUUUGUGGUGCCCGAGGUCAGGUACCACUUGUAUGUGCCAGGCUCUGGAAUUGCCGAAGUCAGCUUGUUUGGUGAUGUGGUUACUCCCGGUUUCUUCAAGCUGUACAUGAACUGUGAGGAUAUUUUCCGCAAGCCGUACGGUGCUGGAGAAAUGAACAUGUUCAACUUCGCUUACAACCUGCUUACACUUAAGUUUAAGAAGACGAAUCAACAGUUGCCGCCUGAUGUACUGUCAACUGCUCUUAGAUAUCUUAAUGUUGGUUUGCAAAGACAGCUCAGUUAUAUGAAAGACGAUGGUUCAUUCAAGAUGUUCAGGGACGACGAAAAUUCAACCUCAGUCUGGCUUUCGGCGUUUGUCGCAAAGACUUUGCAUGAGGCCCGGUUUGGAGAAUGGGAACGAGACCUGUUCAUUCCGAUCAACCUUAUCGAUAAAAUCGUCGUCUGGUUGUGUUCUAAACAGAACGAGACAGGAGCAUGGUACCCUGAAGAUCAGAUCUACGAUCGCAAAUUUUCAACAAUCGCGGGAUCAAAUAACCUUUUAGGUCACCAGGUCCCACUGACAGCCUACGUGCUUAUUGCAUUGUACAAGAUUAAAACUGACGUCUCUGGGGCUGCGCUCAGCUGUAUCGACAAGUCUCGUACAUUGGCUGCUGAGUUCCUGUCCAGGGAAUCAUACAACAUUCCAAACGAGGAGAUUUUCCAUCUGGCCAUAACCUCAUACGCUUUGUCACUCUCUCAGCAAAAGAGCCGAUCCAUCUUCGAUAAGCUCUGGAGCCUGCAGAUGAAAAGUAACGAAAUCUACUUCUCCGACUCCGCGAUCCCAGAUAAUCCAUCAGAGUUUAUCAACGCACUGCGAUACCUGUUACCACGUAUUGAACAGAUGAAUGAUGGAUACGCUGUACAGUCGACAGCGUAUGCUCUCAUGGCCCACAUCAAACACAACGGAAUGGGUGUUGAGACUGAUACAAAAAUCCAACGGGACGCUAUGAUGCGUUGGCUGAACUACAUGCGAAACUUCGUAGGUGGUAUGGCGUCAACACAGGAUACGCUGGUCGCCAUGGAAGCGCUGUCCGAGUUUACUCAAGUCGAUCCAAAUCGAAAUGUGUUUAACAUUCUCGUUUCCAUGGAAGCAUCUUCUACACCAACGUGGCACAGCUACUUUGAGAUGACCAAAACAAACUACACUGAAAUGCAGCAUAGCUAUAUUCCUCAAGACUUCACCUACGGUACUAUCGGGGUGUCGGCUCAAGGCGUGGGACGUACAAUGAUGCAGCUGACCACCACUGUACAUGUGGAAUACCCCUGGCUGCUGAAGAAGACCCAGGAUGAGAUUCAGUUCUUCGAGCUCACAGCAGAAAAUACGAGGUUCUCCGGGAGGAACGAUUCAGUUAUGGAGAUGACACCAUGCGUUAGGUGGGUGUACACUGAUAAAAGUAUGGAAUCUGGCCUGACAGUCCUUGAGGUUGACAUACCAACGGGUUUUGUCAUCAUGAACCACACGUUGAGGGAUUACGUUCGCUCCCGUCAAGUGCCGAACCUGAAACGUGCAGAGUUUUACUACAACAAAGUCGUCUUCUAUUUCUCCCAUGUUGAUACUACAAGAACGUGUGUGAAGUUCCGAGCAGAUCGUUGGUACCCAGUGGCCAACGGAACUAUCCAACAUCGAUACAGGGUGUACGACUAUUAUGAGCCAGGUAUGCACAACACCUCCAUCUACACGACGUAUAACAACUUCAACCUGAAUAUUUGUUAUGUGUGUGGGUCGUACCAGUGUCCCUAUUGUCCAUAUUUCAACUCCGCAUCACUCAUCAAAGCCAGCCUAUCACUUCUUGCACUUAUUAUCGGAUUUUUCGUAAAGAGAUAUGUGUUACGGACAACCUAGUGCUAUAACUUGUGUUAUUUUGUUUUUAACUUUGUCCACACGUGAAUAGCUUCACGAGUGAGUGAUUUUUUAAUCAUCAAAUUGAAUAUGCAACGUUGUUAAAAGACAGUUUGUCUAUAUGUGAAUAUCUUCAUGAGUUAGUGAUAUUUUACUAAUCAAAUUGAAAAAGGGAUGUUUUUUAAAGACACAAAUUACAAAUGUAAUAAAAAAGUGCUGUUAAUUAAAACACUUUUUGCUUUGAAAGAAAUAUAUAUGUAGGUUGUUAUUCUAUCAUUGUAAAAUGGUACUCCAUUUGUGUACUCCAUUUGUGUUAAUAUUUGCCGUAUUGAAACCUGAAGUCAGAUUGAAGUAUGUUCUGUACCCAAACAGAAGAUGCAAUUUUACAAAUGUUUCUGAAAUUUUAUUUUAUGUACAGCAAUUAUCAUUUUGUAAAUAAUUUUCCAUCAUAAAUGUCAUUGCUCACAGUAAUUCGUAAACAAUGUUUAUUUACAUUGCAUAUGUGAUUUUUUUUUAUAAACGUUCAUCAAUUGUAUUAAGUGAAAGAAUUUAAUUUUAAUAUAUUAACUUAAUGUUUUGUUAUAUGGAUUUCUUAGAUAUAUGUAGAGCCUUUUAUUAGUAGAUUUAAAGCAAUUUGUUUCUCGCAUGUUAUUUUUAUUGAAUGAAACUGGGUUAUGUAGUUUAAACAAACUUCGUUAUAUAUUUCGGCAUAACAUUAAUAUUGUUUGUUUCUUGUUUAGCAACCUUCCCUGCAUCUGACCAAAAAAAUUGCAGACAGUUUUUUCUGACUGUUUGUUUUUUCUUUUUUGGGAUGAAUUUUGAAUGUAUCUUGCACAGGAAAGUCGCAUAAAUGUAUCAAAAUAAAAUAAUGAUGUUUUUCAAUGUGAAAAUGAUAAUAAAACACAACAUUUGUCAUUAGUAUAAUAAGAAAAAUAAAGAAAAUAUUCUGGCGUACCUAUACAGUUGAACCCUGUCGACUCAAACUCCCAGGGACAGGAGGAAAUACCUCGAGGCUUGGGACAUUCGAGCCAAGUGGGAAUGCUUUCAGGAGACAAUAAUCCCUUUACAUCCAGUUCGAGCCAUCGUCGAAAUUGAGUCAAAUGACUUCCAGCUGACAGGGUUGACUAUACUUUAUUUUUGGGGCAGUGAAAGUUAGAGAAAUUGGGAACAAUUCUUUAGUUCUUGGCCUUAAAUCGAAACACAUCACAAUCAUGAUUUUGCAUAUCAAAGCAUUGUAAAUAUCAUUCAUCUUUUUUUAUACUGAAGAAUGUGUAUAUUGUAAGUACUUAUAUAUCUCUUAUUUUUUUACUCAGUAGAAAUUGUAUAUAGAUUUUUGUAUAUUGACCAACACAUAUCAUAUUAAACAUUCCUUAUUUUGGUGAUCUGAUCACUUAUUGCUACAAUAUAUGUACAUUUUGUAAACUCAGUUAUGUAUAAUUAUAAAGAUUACUCAUUCCAGUUUCAAAUUCCAGGCAUUAAGUUUUGUUUAACUACAUUCUGAUGUUUAACAGUUUCAACAUAACAGUUUAAAUGCAAAGUCUGAAUUAUCAAAGAAAAGUGAGGAGUCAGAUUUGAGUUGGUGCAAACUUAUAGAAUACAUAUUAGAUUCACACUUUUCUCUGUUUAUGCAUUUUCAUAUUCCUAAACAAGAAGAGAGUGACUAAGCAUUGUUAAUAUAAAUCCCUUCAGAAACAUUUUAAAAUAAAUAAAGUUAAACUAAACAUGAAAAAACGUCAUUCCAAGCAACAUCUUGCUAAUGAGAGUGACUUAGCUUAAGUUAAUACAUUUCUCUUCAGUUGUUGUAAAAUCAAUAGAUCAAGUUUAAACUAAACUUGAAAUAGAUGUUCAUUACUGUGAGCUGCAAUUUGGCUUUAAUUUAUUUCUCACUGAAGUAGUUUAUUGAAGGUGCCAUUUGGGAGCAAUAAUUUUCACAUAAUUGUACAACAUUAAGACUUGUUUAUUGAACAUCAUGUCGUUUGAUAUACCUACAUUGUAUACGUUUGCAUUUGUACACAAUAAACAUUCCUGUCAUCUAUUGAAACCUCUUUAUAACAUGUACAUGACUAUUAUAAUCAUUAAAAUGAUUUAAAACAGA